AUAUAUUACUCGGGAAGCCAGGCGCGGUCUCUUUGGCUCCGAGCUGACCCUGACGAGGGCCGGGUGAUUUUCGCGGUGGUGCGGAGACCUCCACCCAGGACGGCUCCCCCUCCCCGGGCCUCUCUUCUCUUGCCUGCGAGUCCCCUUGCCUCGUAGGCCUCUCGGAUCUGAUCGUGGGGUGAGGUGAGAGCAGGCCCGGGGAGGGUGGUGACCGCUGAGGAGCCGCAGGCACUAUCAAGAUGAUUGAGGUACUGACAACAACUGACUCUCAGAAUCUGCUACACCAGCUGAAUGCCCUGUUGGAACAGGAGUCUAGAUGUCAGCCAAAGGUCUGCGGCUUGAGACUAAUUGAAUCUGCACACGAUAAUGGCCUCAGAAUGACUGCCAGACUCAGGGACUUUGAAGUGAAAGAUCUUCUUAGUCUAACUCAAUUCUUUGGCUUCGACACGGAGUCAUUUUCUCUAGCUGUGAAUUUACUGGACAGAUUCCUGUCUAAAAUGAAGGUACAACCCAAGCAUCUUGGGUGUGUUGGACUGAGCUGCUUUUAUCUGGCUGUGAAAUCAAUAGAAGAGGAAAGGAAUGUCCCACUGGCAACUGACUUGAUCCGAAUAAGUCAGUAUAGGUUCACAGUGUCAGACUUGAUGAGAAUGGAAAAGAUCGUGUUGGAGAAGGUGUGUUGGAAAGUCAAAGCAACAACUGCCUUUCAAUUUCUGCAACUCUAUUACUCACUCAUUCAAGAGAACUUACCAUUUGAAAGGAAAAAUAGCCUUAAUUUUGAAAGACUAGAAGCUCAACUUAAAGCAUGUCAUUGCAGGAUCAUGUUUUCUAAAGCAAAGCCUUCUGUGUUGGCAUUGUCUAUCAUUGCAUUGGAGAUCCAAGCACAGAAGUGUGUAGAAUUAACAGAAGGAGUAGAAUGUCUUCAGAAACAUUCCAAGAUAAAUGGCAGAGAUUUGGUCUUCUGGCAAGAGCUUGUAUCCAAGUGUUUAACUGAAUAUUCAUCAAACAAGUGUUCCAAACCAAAUGUUCAGAAGUUGAAAUGGAUUGUUUCUGGGCGAACUGCACGGCAACUGAAGCAUAGUUACUACAGAAUAAGCCACCUCCCAACAAUUCCUGAAAUGGUUCCCUAACUGGUAAAUUUGGUUCACUGUUACUCUCCAGAUACAGAAAAUUUUCUAAUGCUGUAAUUUUCUGUUAUAAUUAAAGAUUUAAACUAUUAUAUUCAAAAUAAAAUGGAGUUGGAAUAGCAAAGGGGAAAAUUACUUCACUGAUCUAGUCAGCUAAUAUUUGAAGUUUGUUACAUAAAAGGUACAACACUUUAAGAGUAAGGGAUUAUCCAAUCUCUGAUAUGUAUGUUAGCCAUUUCAUUAGAUUUUCAGUUUAGGAAACACAUCCUCCUUAAUAGCCUGAACUUUAACAGUAUUACUAGUGUUUUUUUACUGCAUAUCUUAUUGUAUGUAAUCCCAAACUCUGGCUCAUUUAAAGUUACAUGGGCCAAGGAGGACAAUAGGACCAAAAGUUUGAACCGUAUAUGAACUGAUUUGAGACUAUUGGCUUCUAAGUAAAAUCAAUACGUACUUAAAAAAAUAACAUAUGGCAGAUGAUCUCCAGAUUGGUGUCUGGAAACUACCAGAGUAUCUCAAUACUAUAAUACAUCACUGCUGUAGCAGUUGGACCACUAGAAAGUAAUUAUAUGCAUAAACAUGUAAACUUGGUUGCUGAAUAUAUGAUAUACAUUCUUACCAUCUAAAUUUAACUCAUAGUAAGAUUUAUUUUUUCCUACUCAAAACUAAAAGUUAACAUGAUUAUCGAUGUUAUGGUAUGGACUGUUCAAUUUUGUUGUCUUAGGCAGACUUCUAAUAAGUUGAGUUUUUUUUUUAUUUAAAUAAGCUUAUUACAACAACAAAAACCUCCUUUGAAGUCUUUCUCCACCAGAUCUAUGGAUUCCAUAGUGUUAUAAUGGAUUUAAGCUAUGAAGUCUCCAAACAUCACAACUAGAUUAGCAUAAUGUUCUCAGACUUGGGAAAGCUGCCUAAUUAAUAUUAUGCUGUAGUGGAAUCAUGUUUAGAUUCGAAUUCAUCUGUGACGCAUUCAGAUCAAAGCUAAAAUAGCAUAAAUGUGAAAUACUAAUGGCAUGCCUGGGAAGGUAAACUGUGAAUCUUCAUUUCUAACAUUGAUCUAACUUUCUGUACUAGAUCAAUGUACUGUAUUUAGUUGGUAUUGUAAAUGGUAACCUAUUUUAAAUGUUAAAUUUUGAGGUUUACAUCAAAACCAACAUUUCACAAAUGCACUUUUAAGACAUAAUAAGGGUUAAAAGUCUAGGCAGUGUAAAUGGUUUCUUGACACCCAUAAUGCAAGUAAU